CGUGAACUGAACCAUCGGUUCCGGUGAACAUUACCCGCUGCACUAUCGAAGUUACUAUUGAUGGAUUCCAACUUCACGAGCAGAUUGUGGAGAAAACACAAAUCGAAUCCUCCACCUUCCGCGGCGCAAUGUCGGACAAUCACCACACCGGAUCCCUUCUUUGGACCCUGGUGAAUUUGAUCGUUGUGUUCCUGUCCGUAAUUCUAGCAACCGAUAUCGUCUUUGCCGUGGACGAUCGACAGGAACGACCGGGAGCCAUUGCAGAGCACCUGGUGUACAACGUUGGGACCUCGGUGCUAUGGGUCGCGGAGGUGGCCUGGAAUACCUACGACAUGGUAACCCUGGAACAGCGCCCACCCCACUGGAAGCUUUCGCUCGCUGUGGAAUGGGCUAUCUCGAUAUACUUCGUCGUUGACUCCAUAAAUCUCAUGCUACAAUGGAGAGGUGUAGUGAAUGGUAACGGGGACGAGGAACUGGGCUCGGGGCUUUUCGACGCGGUGCAGGGGAUUGUGACGUAUUCCUACUUGGCCGCGUCCUCUUUUCUUGCGUACGAGACCUCGAUGCCAUAUCAGCCGAUCCAAGACGUGACGCCAUCCUUAUACCCAUGGCCAAUGAAUUCGGUCCAGCCCGAUCCGAUCACGCGAAAUACAGGGGUUUGAAACACUGGCACAGUAGAUGCAAAAAAUUCUUGCUACGUGAUCAAUUCUUGCCAACAACGAAGAAACAUAAAACUCAAAAUGUUGAUAUGCAACCAUCAUACAAAAGGGAAUGACGCGAACCUUUUUGAGUACCAUUAGUAGACUGUAUAUUAAGCAUGAUCUAGUUUCGAUGUGCAAUAGGCGUUCCUUUUAGACAAUGCACAAUUGUUACAAAGGUUAAGAGCGGCUUUCGAACAAUUUCAGUUUUUCGAGUACUUGCUCUCCGAGACGACGGGGAACAAAAAUGGAUUUGCUGUGCAAUACAUCAAUUCCGGAAACAAGGUUUUUCGCAUAUUUGUGUGCUUUGUCGAUCUUGUUUCCUCCCGAAAAUUCCGGAUCCGACAAAUGCCAAACAAUAAUUUCAUCAUAGGGAAAAGCAGAUUCUUCACCGAGCACGUCUGACGGCAAAAGAUCGAUGUGAAUUAUGUUUGUGGAGUAUGCCUCCCAUCGGACCGAGCAAAAAUGCUGGUCUAGCUUCCCGGUGAGCAGAAGGAUCCUUUCUAAUGUGAUCAUGAGGAUCAAGGGUGCGGAAUCGAUGUCACCUCUCGAUCUGAAGUACGACUUGAGCUGCCGGACUCCUUCGGCAUGGUAGAAAUAUCCCUCUCCUAAAUGGAGGCCCGAACGGACUCGGGACAAUAACGCCUUCCCCGCGUUCUCUCCUUCGACGUAUUCCACGAGGAGAUCUUUUCCAUCCAAGUGGGCAAACAACCGAGGAUUUCGUGACCGGACCAAGCCACGCGUGUGUCGUGCGCUACUGCUUUUGGGGCUGUAUUUCAUUUGGGAGGAAAUUAGUGAAAUCAUCAUCGAUGUGUUAUUAAAAACAAACGCCAAACCAUUGACAAAUGGUGAGCAGAUAGUCUUCAAAAAGUCGGAGCGAUGUUCUGUAUACUGCACGGGAUUGCCGUCGUCGUAGCUUGGGACAAGUUUGUAGUCUGGCUGAAGUAGCUUAGUCAGCUGCGUAGAGUAGUACCUCAGACACAAUGCCCAAGAAUCUAGGAUCGAUGCAUAUCCUUCUCUGAACGUGUGAAAAACCCCUCUGAACAGAAAGGUUGGGUUGGCAGAAAGUCCCAUGAAAACGUCGACAACUCUCCAGAUACUCAUGUAGUGAGAUCUUAAAAUUUGAAGAUGAUCCUCGACAUUGCCGUACGCAUGUGAGUUAGAGAAUGGACGGAGUCGCAUAGGGAGUCUCUCAAAUGUCAGGGCUUUGAAAAGCGACGAAGAAAGUAAUCCAGGAAGAACACCCGACCAACUCAAAUCUGCUCUUGUUGUUGAAAUCUUGAGCCGCUCAAUGUAAAAUUUGUGCUGAGCUUUCGACAUCAAUGGUUGCUUCUUUCUUUUCCUUGAUGCAUUUUCAAUUAAGUAAUGACCGCUGCGAGGUGUGGAUUGCUGAACAUACGCUGGACUGUCUCUGAGUUUGGCAGCUAUUGCUGCUGUCGUCAAGGGCUCUUGCGAUGCAUCGUCCUGGAGCGAAUGAUGUGUUCUUGAUGAGACAACACUAUCUUCGGAGUAUUCACCAACACCGCUACUUGUGAGCAGUGAUUUUAGUUCUUCGUCACGGGAUUGAAAUGCUGAACCAUCUUCGCCAGAAGAACUAAUGGAUGCAACCUGGCGAGCCAUACGAACGAGCAAACCUGCAAGUUCUCCGUCCACAUUAGCGAAUAUAGGUUCUGAAGACAC